CCCCAUUCAUCCAAAAUGCCCGCCAAGAGCUUCGUUCAGUACGCUCCCGACUGCCCGUUCCCCGUCGAGAACUGCCCUUACGGCGUCUUCUCGACCGCCGACAGGGCUCCCCGGCCCGGUGUCGCUAUCGGUGACAAGAUCCUCGACCUCGAGGCGCUGUCGCGUACCCAGCACUGGAGCAAGGCGCCCAUUCCCGCUGAGGUUGUCCAGAAGGGCACCCUCGACGCCCUCGCCGCUCGCGAGCCCGAGGAGUGGGCCAAGUUCCGCUCGUUUGUGCAGGAGAUCCUCGGCGCCGACUCGCCCAUUGCCAGCGACGCCUCCCUCCUCGUCAACCAGAAGGACGCCAAGAUGCACAUGCCCAUCACCAUCGGCGACUACACCGACUUCUACGCUUCUUACGAGCACGCGUUCAACUGCGGUGUCCUCUUCCGCGACCCCAAGAACGCUAUUCAGCCCAACUGGAAGCACCUGCCUGUCGGCUACCACGGCCGCGCCUCGUCAGUCGUGAUCAGCGGCACGCCGUUCCACCGCCCGGUCGGCCAGAUCCUCGACAAGCCCGGAGACAAGCAGCCCAUCUUCUCCCCCUGCCGCAAGCUCGACUACGAGCUGGAGAUUGGCGUGAUUUACGGUGGAUCCGAGACCAAGCUCGGCCAGCGCCUCUCGCCCGCCGAGUGCCGGCGGCGCACGUUUGGCCUCGUGAUCCUGAACGACUGGAGUGCCCGCGACAUCCAGGCGUGGGAGUACGUGCCGCUGGGCCCGUUCCUCUCCAAGAACUUCUGCACGUCCAUCUCGCCGUGGGUCGUCUCCCCCGCCGCCCUCGAGCCCUUCAAGACCAAGCAGUACGAGCACGAGUUCGAGCUCCUCCCCUACCUCCAGGACCCCGAGGGCUUCAACUACGACAUCCCCCUCAAGGUGGAGAUCAAGCCUGAAGGCGAGGAGGCGUUCGAGCAGGUCUCGCUCAGCAACACGCAGCACCUGUACUACACGUUCGCGCAGAUGUGGGCGCACCACUCGUGCACCGGCUGCCGCCUGCGUCCCUCGGACAUGCUUGGCUCGGGCACGAUCUCGGCGCCGCGCCGCGACGGCCUCGGCUCGCUGCUUGAGAAGUCGCACGGCGGGAAGGAGCCGUACACCCUCGGCAAGCGCCAGGACAUGACGUUCCUGCGCGACGGCGACGUCGUGCGCAUGAGCGCCGUCGCAAAGGGCGACGGGUACUGCAUCGGCUUUGGCGCGGUCGAGGGCCAGGUCCUCCCUCCGAUGGAGCAGUAGGAGAAGGGUACAGCAGAUUGUAAUUCUACCUUUGUAGACGGGCAUGAGCAUGGAUAUCAUAGAG